AUGGCGCGAAAUCAUUGUCUAAGUUUUUGUCUUGCCACAGUGGAUGCGACUAAUGCAAUACAAAAUUAUAGUUUUUCAAUUGGAGACAAUAUUUCAGAAGGCGAUAUGCUUAUAUUAGAUUUACUAUGUUUAUGUCAUCGUAACGAACCGAACAAAAUAAUACCAAAUAUAAAAAAAACAAAUGUUACUCUUUGGACUGCUACUCAAAAUUACGUUUAUUCACUAUUGGGCAUAGGCAAUAUAAUUUCAUGUACCGGAUUUGAUAGUUCUAAACCGGUAGUUAUAUUGUUGGAUGGGUGGAAAUCAAAUGAUAAUUUUAGUUUUGCUGAAAAGAGUUUAAUAAAGGCAUUCAGAUGUCGAGUUGAUAUCAUAGAAAACAGUUAUUUUUCUCAAAUCGAUUAUACAUGGUUAGCAUUAAAUGUCGAAAAAUAUGGAGAAGAUGUAGCAUACGGUUUGGAAAUACUUUCUAAGCUUGUGCCGUUAGAAAAUAUUCAAUUAUUGGGAUUUAGUUUAGGUGCUCAUAUAGCAGGGGCAACGGCACGCGCUUUUACUCGACUCACUGGAAAGAAAUUGAAGACAAUACAUGGUUUAGACCCUGCAAAUCCAUGCUUCUAUAAUAGACCAUUUAGAGGUUUACGUCAAGGGGAUGCUGAUUUUGUAAAUAUUAUUCAUACAAAUCCUGGUUAUUAUGGUGUAUUUGAGCCUGUUGGGGACAGCGAUUUUUAUCCUGAUGGUUUGCAGUCUCUAAAAACUGGUUGCACAAAUAAUAAGUGCUCUCAUUUGCGAGCUGUAGAAUAUUUUGCAGAAUCUGUUUAUUUUGGAAGUGAACGAAAUUUUUUAGGUAAACGUUGUGCAACACCAAAUGGCUUGGAGUGUACAAAAGAUGAAGUCCCAAUGGGUUUUAAAGCACCAUCGAAUGUUAUUGGUAUUUUUUAUUUGGAAGUUAAUGGAGAAAAACCGUAUGGAAAGAACGCAACAAAGCAUUCCUAA